AUGGCCCGGAGGAGCGUUGUUCUGUGGAUGCUGGGGGCCGUGCUGCUGUCCGGGUUGCUGUGCACCGAGACGGAUCCCAGUCGGGACCUGGCGGAUUCGGACCCACUCUCCUUCAGAAAGCACUCGGUUCUGAUCCGAAGGAAGAGGAGCUUGCUGUUUCCCAGCGGAGUGAAGCUCUGCUCCCAGGAGACGUUUGACCAGGUCGUCUCCAACCACCUCAACUUCUUCCACCUCAGAGUGUGCCAGGAGACCGUGUGGGAGGCCUUCAAGAUCUUCUGGGACCGACUCCCGGACCGGGACGAGUACCAGGACUGGGUCAACCGCUGCAUUGACGGAUCAGUCACCAUCAAGGACAUCGGCAGCUUCUUCAGCCAAUCAGAGGAGCAUCAGAGCCUCAUCAAGACCAGAGUCACCCUGGCUGCUGCCUUGAACAGUGCGCCCGUCUCUUCAGGCCCUCCUCCAUGCAGGUCGGCACCGCCUGUACAGACUGACCCACCGGCUGUUUGGACUCUACCAGGAGACAACAGUGUCAUCUUUGGAUCAGAAGCUAUUACAGUCCGUCAGCAGGAGCUUUCUCCAGUCACCUCUUGGACUCCAUCACUGUCUGCAACCGAAGCUCCGCUUAAAGAGGCUGCAGCGACUUCUCCUGAGGAUUUAACCACUGACUCUGCUGCUGGCGCCAUGCCAGAAGACUCUAAUGAUAUCCAGGAAACUGUACCGAUUAUUACUUCACAGAGUCCGACUGAGGUCUUCAGAAAUAUUCUAAAUAUUGGAGUCACUUCAGAAGAGACUGUAGAGAUGAUCACGGAUGUUUAUCACCCGGUUACACACCAGCCUGUUGACCAGGUGGGUCAGGAGAUCUGGACUGAUGUCGACAGAGCAGAAGAAGAACAGCUUCUUGAAAUUACUACUGAAGAGUUGAACAGUGUGUCUGUAAUAAUACCAGAGGAUGAGCAACCAUCAACACAGCUGGUUGCUCAUGAAAUCCUCACAGGACCUGUGGUUGUGGUUCUUCCAAAGCCCACCACGCCCCCUACUGUAGAAGCCUUCACUCCUAUUGUCACUCAUGUUGUGGUUGAAGACACAACUGGAACAACUGCUAGGAGUUUAGUUAGCCCCAUCCAGGAGGAAAUCCUGGAUAACGCUUUAAAUCCCAUCCCUGGUGUUACUUUGACUGAGACACCUAGAGAGGCUGUACAGGAAUCCAUUGUUGAAACUGCAGUUGUUGUGCCUGAAACUGAUGUUUCUUCUGGUUCUGAAGGUGAGGUGGAAACACCACAGGUAGAUGAUCCAUCAGAGGCAGCAGUAGAUGUUAGUCAAGAAGAGAUCAACAAAGAGACGACACCAACUGUGUUUCUCGUGGUAGAGUCUGAAGACGAGAUGGAAAUCAAUGAGAUUCCAGAACAAGAAUCAGACAUAGCCAUUACCUCUCAGGCCUCCAUCCCAAUGACUACCAGCAAGAUGGAUGAAGUAAAACAAACUGCUGAGAUGACAAUCAAACCUCUACUUAUUGUAGAAGGAGAAACUUUUCAAGAAAUCCUAACAAUACGGACAAUGACACCUGAGGAAACUACCAAAGAAACUGCUCUCGUUUCAACAUCAACGCCAGAGCAUGUGAUAGAGGUGGAAACAAAACAGGAAAGGACUGUUAUACUUACAGAAGAUAAUAUGGUGGAAGGAGAAACAGAGGCUGGUGCUAAAAAAGAAAGUUUUCAGACAGAAGAAACCACUAUCAAGGGAACAGAUUCAUCAGAAGAACAGCCAGACAAGAAGUUCAUUGAAGAGGAACCAGUAACGGAAGCUACAGGAGGUUCUGUUGAACCUAAAACAUCUGCAGAACCCAAAGAACAAGGCGGACAUGACAUUAUAGAAGAACCAGCACCCAAAGAAGAAACUGCACAUGAGCCAGAACCUGCAGGAGAACCUCCAGGAACUGUUUCAAGGGAACCAGAAAUGGUAGAAAAAACAGCAGACGAUGAAACAGAACCAGGAGAUGACACAGAACCUGCAGAAGACAGGAUGGUUGAGAGACCGGCACAUGACCUGUCACUCAAGUUAGAAACUCUUGAGAGAGCAGAACCUGCAACAGAGUUGACUUUCACAGGAGAAAUUACAGAACUACCCUCAGAACCAACAGAGCAGAAAGUAGUCAAAGAACAAAGAACAGACCUUACUGGAGAUCCAGUACCAGAACCAGAGGCCACAGGUGGACCAGUCCAAGAAAUAAGUUCCACGUUAGGGACAAAGCAAAAAGCAGAACUGACCACAAAACCACCAGGAGAGACAGAGCCAACUCCAGAAAUGGAAAUCACAGAAAGAGUGGAAGCAAAAGGAACAGAACACACAGUAGAACCAACACCAGAUAUGGUCAUAGAACCAAUAAAGGAAGCGGAAGAAAAAACAGAAGCUGCUGGAGAUCUAGAAAAGGAAUCUGAAGGAAUAAGUCCCUCUGAAGAAUCAACUCAAAAGCCAGAACCAACCACUAAGCCACAAGAACCCAAACUUGAAAUUGCUGAAGAAACUGUAACCAUAGAAAAAACAGUUAAACCAAAAUCCCCUGAACCAUCACAGGUUCCAGAAUUUACCAUGGAGCAUCCACGAGAAAUAGAUUCCAUCAUCAAUCAAGACAAAGAAGAAGACUCUACAAGACAAUUGGCAGAAGAGGAUCCAGAUGUAAAACUGAAACAAGAACCAGUGCAAGAACCUGAGUCAACACAGAAACCAGGCCAAGAACCCAAACAAAUUAAAGAAUCAGCGCAAGAAAGAGAACCAACCAUUGAUCCCACAGAAGAAUCAAUCAAAGAUGAAAGACCUCAACCUACAAGAGAUCCAGAAAAGACAACAGACUCCUCCACAGAGACAGCAAAAGGAGCAGAACCCACCAAAAAACCCGCUCCAGAAGCAGAGGCUGUGGAAGAACCAUCCAGAGCCUAUGAGAAACCAACACAAGGUUCUUUACCCACAGAAAAAUCAGCUCAAGAGGUUGAUCUCAUUAAAGAAACAACACAUGAAGCCAAAUUAACCAUUAUCCCAACUCAAGAUAUGGACCACACAGAGGAACCAACUAAAACAGAACCUACAAGAGAACCAGGCCCCAAAGUAGAAACUGCUGAAGAACUUCUACACAAAACAAACCUUGAACAAGGAGUCAAAGAAACUCCAGAAACCACUGAACAGCCAGCAUUAGUGCCAGAACCACCUGAUUUUAAAGAUACCUCCGAAGAGGCAGUAAAAGUACCACCAGCAAAACCUACUGGAGAAUCAACUAAAGAAUCAGAACCAGGUGAAGAUCCAAAACCAGGAGAGGAAGUCCCCAGGGAAUCUGUACCAGAAACAGAAGUCCCCAAAGAGACUGAGACAAUAGCAGAACCAACAAGACAACCAGGGCCAGGUGAACCUGUAGGAGAACCUUCUGGUAAAACGGAACCUACAGAAGGACUUGAAGAGACUGAACCUCAUUUAAGACCUGAUGAAGAUAAAGCUGGUGUUCUUACAACAUCUUCAGAUGCAGCAGGGGAACCGUUUAAUGUUGGAGACGACAGAACCUCAGAGACGUCAGAUAAAGUAGCCGACGGAACAACAGAUGUUCCAGAGGAGUUGUUAGUACCACAGGCCCCUGAAAGAGAAGUGACCCCUGUGAAACCAUCAAAGAAACUACUUCCCAUGUGA